UGACGCAAAGUUUUUCUUCAACGAAAGUAUCCAGAAUUAGCAAGGGUUUUUGAAUCUAAGAGAUUACUCUGUUUCACUGGUUUUUUUUUUUUUUUCUCUUUUUAGGAAUUGAAAAAGAUAAGAACUUGGCGGCGCCAGAGCAAGAAGGGAAGUGAGAGAGAGAGGGGUCUCUGAAAGGUGAAAGAUGGGUAGAAAUCUUAGUCCAAUACUUCGGCGAGAGCUGGAAAAUCUUGACAAAGAUGCUAAUAGUCGUAAAUCAGCAAUGAGAGCUCUGAAAUCAUACGUGAAAGACCUAGAUUCAAAAGCAAUACCAAUCUUCCUUGCACAGGUAUCUGAGACCAAAGAAACUGGAUCCUUAUCUGGGGAAUACACCAUUUCACUCUAUGAGGUUCUUGCUUGUUUCCAUGGUGUAAAGAUUGUUCCUCAGAUUGACAUCAUUAUGUCAACCAUUAUCAAGACACUAGCUUCAAGUGCAGGUUCUUUUCCUCUUCAACAGGCAUGCUCAAAGGUGGUCCCUGCAAUUGCAAGAUAUGGAAUUGAUCCAACCAUGCCAGAAGAUAAGAAGAGGCACAUAAUUCACUCUCUCUGCAAGCCUCUUUCAGAUUCUCUCCUAGGAUCUCAAGAAAGCCUAACUUCAGGGUCUGCUCUUUGCUUGAGGGCCCUUGUGGAAUGUGAUAAUUGGCGGUUUGCUUCAAAUGAGAUGGUUAACAAGGUUUGUCAAAAUGUGGCUGCGGCUCUGGAGGAGAAGUCUACUCAGACAAAUGCUCACAUGGGUCUGGUUAUGGCUCUGGGACAGCAUAAUCCUCUAAUAGUUGAACCAUAUGCAAGAUUGUUGAUAAAUUCUGGGUUGAGAAUAUUAAAUGCUGGCCUUUCAGAAGGUAAUUCUCAGAAAGGAUUUUCAGCAAUUCAAAUGAUAAAUUUCUUGAUGAAAUGUCUUGAUUCCAGGAGCGUAUUCUCAGAAGUGGAGUUGAUAAUUGAAGAGAUGCAGAAGUGUCAAUCUGAUCAGAUGGGUUUCAUUAAAGGGGCUGCUUAUGAAGCUGAGCAAACUGCGAAAAAAAUAGCUCAUGAGAUAGGGUCAAAAAUUGAGAAUCGUUGUGGGUCAGGUACAGGGUCCAAUUUUAGUAGGAGAGAACAUAGUAGAAGGAGAAGCUUGCUGAAUUCUGGUGAUAGGUCUCCUGCAUCUGUGUCACCUGAAUCACAUACUGUUGAUUCUUUUGGUGAAUAUGAUUCUUUUGUUGAGUCACCAGUUUCAACCACUCAGGUUUCUCAUGACAUGGGAUAUGACCAUAGGAGUGUGAACCGGAAGCUCUGGAGUUACGAAAAUGGAGUUGAUGUAUCCCUCGGGGAUGAUUUGUUCUCUGAGGUAACUGGUGGUAUUCCUAUCUGUGACUCACCUUCUGAGCAUCAUGAACUUACUGGCAAUGGAGAAGAAAAUACAGAUGAAUUUUCAGGGUUCUUGCAGAGAAGUCCAAGAAAUGGACGUCUGAGAAGUCCAAGAAAUGGACGUCUGAGAAGUACCACCCCCAGUCCUCAGAGGUCACGAUGUCACAUUAACGUUGAUGACAUUAAUAUCGUUUGCACUUGAAGGAAGCUAAUUCACUCACUUCAGGACCCUAAUAUUGUUAACUCAGAGUUCUCUGAAAAGCAAACGAGGAGGUUCAGAAGUCCAUCCUCUGGAAGAUUCCGAUCCCACCCAUCCCAAAGGCAAAAUGGUUUUCAACAUGAUCUGAUGCAUGAGGUUAAUGGGAAGGAAAGUUUAUGUAAUGAUGGUGAGCAUUAUGAAGGUGUCUCUGAAUCUGUAUCAUCAACAAAUGAUAGUCCUGUUGAUGGUGAUCUGCUAGUGUCUCAUGAGGUAGUUUCCGUUGGGAAAACUGAAAUUCUGAAGUCUAGCAACGAGGUCAGCCGUUGGAAGAAAGGUUCCAAAAUGCUUUUGAUGCUCUUUUCCAUUCUACUUGUAGUUCUCAUAGCACUGAUGUGUAGUGAU